AUCGACCUCUCUCUUUCUCUCUGUCAGCCCUCCAGCCAAAGGCGCACAGGCCGUGGAGAGGCAUGUCACAGCUGAAAGAAAGCCAACCCUCCCUGAUCUGCAUGGAAAGCAAGCAAGACGCAACCAUUUUCCAGCUUUACGCACGGGCAAUUAACCUUCUUUAUUCGCAACCCUGGUAGAAACCGGCUCACUUCUGGGCUUUGUAGCUCUUUUUUAUUACCUAUAUGAUAAUCAUGAUUCCCAGUCCAGUCGUAGCUGCAUCCACCACGCCCUUUUCCGUGAAGGACAUUCUAAAGCUUGAGCUCCAGCAACAGUCUCAGCAGCACCAGCUUCAGCUGAUCUCCUGCCUCGGCCUCUCCGGCGCGCUGCCACAGCCCGGAGCCUUCUCAAGCAAAUCGUUCGGCUCUCACUCGCCGCCUUCCUGCAUGCUGGCGGGCAGGGACAGCCCCAGCCCCCUUAGCUCCUGCCUGUCGGAGAGCGAGGAAAGGAUGUCAUACCUUAGCGCUCUGAGCGUCCAGGACCGACUGACGGAGUCCGGAUUGGCCGCGGAGGUGUUCGGAGUCACCGCACAAAUUCACUGCGUAGAGCCAAGCCCGGAGACCGAACAGGAAGAGCACAGCAGCAAGAGCUGCGCUGCUUUGCGAGGAGAGUGUGGAGAGGACAGAGAGUCAGAGAAGCCCGUCACCAAGCAGCAGAGGACCAGGAGGAAGCCCCGCGUCCUUUUCUCGCAGGCCCAGGUGUUCGAGCUGGAGCGGCGCUUCAAGCAGCAGCGCUACCUGUCUGCCCCAGAGAGGGAGCACCUGGCCAGCUCCCUGAAACUCACCUCCACCCAGGUCAAGAUCUGGUUCCAAAACAGGAGGUACAAAUGUAAGAGGCAGCGGCAGGACAAGACUCUAGAGAUCGCGGGUCACCAUCAUCACCACCACCAUCCGCCGCCGCCACGGAGGGUGGCCGUACCGGUCCUGGUCCGCGACGGGAGGCCUUGUCUGGCCGGAUCGCAGAACUAUAACAGUCCUUACACAGUCGCAGCUCCGAACCCUUACAGCUAUAACUACUCUGCCUACAGCUACAACAAUUCUGUGUACAAUAACAAUUACUCUUGUACUUAUUCUAGUUUACCUGCUCUUCCUCCGACCAACAGUACCCCUAACGCGUUUAUGAACAUAAAUUUGGGAAAUCUGGGCGCGCAAACGCAAAACCAGGCGCCUCAAGGACCAGGGAUCCCGCCCUGCCAGGGUACUCUGCAGGGCAUCAGAGCAUGGUAGCUGGGACUGACCUCACUGGAUUAAUGAAUGGACUCAAGCAUGCCCUUAUUGUCAUGCAAACUCUAUAUACGUUGCCUUUAAGUAGGUGUACCCUAUGAAGUAACCAUAACAUAGAUUGAGAUGCAAAGGAAAAUAUUUAAACCACAUUUUCUUAGAUCUACUUGGAAACUUCGCAAAGCUAAAACGAAAAAACAGAAAGUUGGGCAUUCCUGAAUUAGCAUUCACUUUUCAGGUAAAUCUGGCGUCUGAUAUAGUAAAUGUUGGAAGGAAUUGAAGAGGCCUGCUUCAACGGGACAACAACAAAACCACACGAUUCAUUGCAAACGCUAUUCAUAAAGAAGUAUUAUGUUUUUUACUACUCGUGUUCAGCUUCACUUGUGUUAGAACUGAGUACUAUUUUUGUUUUUCUUUUUAUGAAUGAUAAUAAAAGUCCCUGACUUCAAUAAAACUUGUGAUUAACAUGA